GUUACUCAGUCAUGAGCUCAGGGAGAGCCGAGUGAGGACCAGCAGGGCGAGUGCCGGGCAGGGCUGCUAGCCACGGGUGGCUACGAGGGUUCGGUGGUGGUUCUGAGCCACCCCAGCUGUGCUGGGAUGAAUUAAACGGAGCCCGAACCCGAGCCGGGACGGGAUGAAUCGGUUCUGAGAAGCUGCGAACGAGUCUGACCCGGCUCGGCACGGCUCGGCACGGCUCGGCGCUGCUCCCAGGAUCGGGUGGGCGGCAGGGAUGAAGCAGAAGUGAAUGUGGGAUGCGGAGCCGCGGCUUCCCGGCAGAGGAACUCUCUGGAUGUUCUCAGGGCUGGAGGUGUCCGGCUCGCUGGUGAUGUUCAGCCCGUCCUCUGCUGUGACCCCGUGCACCUCCCCGCGGGUGCCCCAGGCCGUCCCCAUGGACCUGCGCAUCGGGCAGCGCGUGGUCAAGCCCCAGGACACGGCUCUGCUGGCCCUGAAGCAGCAGCAGCUGCAGCACCAGCUCUUCCUGGCCAGCCUGCACCAGCAGCAAGUGGAGCAGCUCGCCCACCAGCACGUCAGGGUGGCCAUGGAGUCCCCGCAGCGCGAGGCGGAGCCGGGCCAGCAGGAGCAGGAGCUGCGGCAGAUCCUCAACAAGGACAAGAGCAAGAGGAGUGCGGUGGCCAGCACGGUGGUCAAGCAGAAGUUGGCCGAGGUGAUCCUGAAGAAGCAGCAGGCGGCGAUGGAGAGAACGUGCAGCGAGCCCAGCAGAGCCCUGCCCUACAGGUCCCUGGAGCCCCUGGAGGCCGAGGGCCCCUCCCCGGCCGUGCUCGGCUCCUUCCUGUCCCCGGUGCCCGGCGGGGACCCCCCCGAGCACUUCCCGCUGCGCAAGACAGCGUCCGAGCCCAACCUGAAGGUUCGCUGCAAGCCCCGCAAGUGCCUGGAGCGGCGCAAGAACCCCCUGACCCGCAAGGAGAGCGCCCCCCCCUCGCUGAAACGGAGACCCCCGGACAUCGACUCGUCCCCCAGCAGCAGCAGCACCCCCGUGUCCGGCUGCAGCUCCCCCAACGACAGCCUGGCCCCCGAGCUGGGACCCCUGCCCGCCCCGGCGGGACACGAGGGCGAUGCGGAGCGCCGUGCCGUGCCCAGCCUGGCUCACCGGGUGCCGGUUCUGAACGGGCCGGUGCUGCCGGGCCCGCACUCGCCCGUGUUCAUCCCGGCGGGGCUGGAGCAGCGCGAGCCGGGCAGCGCCCUGCCCCCCCUGCAGCCCCUCAUCAUCCUCGAGCCCUCGGGGACACACGCGCCGCUGGUGGCGGUGCCAGGCCUGGGGACAGUCCCGUUGUCCUUCGCGCCGUCCCUGGUCCCCGCCGAGCGCGUGGCCCUGCCCGGCCACCACAAACCGCUGGGCAGGACCCGCUCGGAGCCGCUGCCCCCCAGCCCCAGGGCCGUGCAGCAGCACCUGCUGUUCCAGCAGCACCACGCCCACGUCAUGGACAGGCUCAAACAACAAACGCACCUGGGCAAGCGCCUGGCCAAGCCCAGCGAGAAGCCGCGGCUGCGGCAGAUCCCGUCCUCGGAGGACAUGGAGGCCGAGGGGACACUGCCCGAGGUGGCGGCCGAGGGUGGGGACAGCGGCGGGACACGGGGGGAGCCCCCCCGGGCUGGCAGCAGCGGGAGGGACCCCGAGAGACCCCACAAGGAGGAGCUGGUGCUGCAGCAGGCGCUCCUCUGGGACUCCUUCCAGCGGGUCCAGCAGCAGCUCCUCAAGCGCCACCCCCUGGGCGACCCCUCCGCGCUCCCCGCUGGCCACCGGCCCCUGUCCCGGGCUCAAUCAUCGCCAGCCACGGCCACCGUGUCCCUCCCUGCCCCGGAGCCCAAGGCGCUGGCCCUGCCCGUGCAGGAGCAGCCCAAGCCUCACUUCACCACAGGGCUGGUUUAUGACUCGGUGAUGCUGAAGCACCAAUGCUCCUGCGGGGACAACAGCAACCACCCCGAGCACGCCGGGAGGAUCCAGAGCAUCUGGUCCCGGCUGCAGGAGCGGGGCCUGCGCAGCCGCUGCGAGUGCCUGCGGGGCCGCAAGGCCACCCUGGAGGAGCUGCAGAGUGCGCACAGCGAGCGCCACGUGCUGCUCUACGGCACCAACCCCCUGAACCGCCUCAAGCUCGACAACGGCAAGCUGGCAGGGAUCCUGUCCCAGAGGACGUUGGUGAUGCUGCCCUGCGGGGGGGUGGGGGUGGACAGUGACACCAUCUGGAACGAGCUGCACUCGUCCAACGCCGCUCGCUGGGCCGCUGGCAGUGUCACCGAGCUGGCCUUCAAGGUGGCCACCAGGGAGCUGAAGAACGGCUUUGCCGUGGUGCGGCCGCCCGGACACCACGCCGAUCCCUCCACGGCCAUGGGCUUCUGCUUCUUCAACUCGGUGGCGAUCGCGGCGCGGCAGCUGCAGCAGAAGGGGAAACUCGGCAAGAUCCUCAUCGUGGACUGGGACGUUCACCACGGGAACGGCACCCAGCAGAUUUUCUACCGCGACCCCGCCGUGCUCUACAUCUCCCUGCACCGCCACGACCACGGCAACUUCUUCCCGGGCAGCGGCGCCGCCGACGAGGUGGGCGCUGGUCCCGGCGAGGGCUUCAACGUCAACGUGGCCUGGGCUGGGGGGCUCGACCCCCCCAUGGGGGACCCCGAGUACCUGGCAGCCUUCAGGACCGUGGUGAUGCCGAUCGCCCACGAGUUCAGCCCCGAGCUGGUUCUGGUCUCGGCCGGGUUCGACGCCGCCGAGGGGCACCCCCCGCCCCUGGGGGGGUACAAAGUCUCGGCCAAGUGUUUUGGCUACAUGACCAAGCAGCUGAUGAGCCUGGCGGGCGGCGCCGUGGUGCUGGCGCUCGAGGGCGGCCACGACCUGACGGCGAUCUGUGACGCAUCCGAGGCCUGCGUGGCCGCGCUGCUGGGACACGAGCCGGAGCCGCUCCCCGAGGACAGCGUGCGCCUCAAGCCCAACGCCAACGCCGUGCGCUCGCUGGAGGCCGUGAUCCAGGUCCAGAGUAAGUACUGGGUGGCCGUGCAGCGUUUCGCCUCCAAGCUCGGCUGCUCCUUCCUGGAGGCUCAGCACCGCGAGGCCGACGAGGUGGAGACGGUGACGGCGCUGGCGUCGCUCUCGGUGGCCGUGAUGGUGGACAAGAGGGCGCAGGAGGAAGCCGAUGGAGCAGGAGGGAGCCCUGAGCCCGUGACAGGAUCCCGGUGUCCGUCUGUCCCCGCACCACCACCGAGACCCCCGAGCCCCCCCCCUCAAUUUUGGGACCCCAGAGACCCCCCCGAGCACCGGGAGGGUCGGACAUUGGGAUGGACCCCCAGAGACCCCCCAGAGACGCCCCAGGACCCUCCCCCGAAUUUCCCCGGCUCCCCUCGCCCUGCUGGGGCAGCGGGACCGGGACGGAGCCGCAGGGACGGGGCCGGGAGGGGCUUUGGGACCGGGGGGGAUUUGGAGCGUUCCAAGGAAAAUUCUGAGCGUCCUGAGCAGAAUUCGGAGCAUCCUGAGAGAAAUUCAGGGCAUCCCGAGGAGAAUUCAAAGCGUCCCGAGGGGAAUUUGGAGCGUUCCAAGGAAAAAUCAGAGUGUUCGAGGGGAAUUCAGAGUGUCCUGAGGGGAAUUCAGAGCGUCCCGAGGGGAAUUUGGAGCUUCCCGAGCGGAAUUUGGAGCGUCCUGAGGGGAAUUCAGAGCAUCCUGAAGAAAAUUCGGAGCGUUCCAAGGAAAAUUCAGAGCGUCCCGAGGGGAAUUCUGAGCAUCCUGAGUGAGGAGAAUUCAGUGUCCUGAGAGAAAUUCAGGGCAUCCCGAGGGGAAUUUGGAGCGUCCUGAAGAAAAUUCGGAGCAUCCUGAGGGGAAUUCGGAGCGUCCCGAGGGGAAUUUGGAGCAUCCCAAGGAAAACUUGGAGUGUCCCCGGGCAGGGCCAGAGCUCGGGCAGUGCCCGGGGGUCAUUACGGCCACUCUGACCCCUCUGACCCCUCGCUGACCCCUCACUGACCCCUCCGGCCCUCGUUGAUCCCAGCUCAGGUUUGCGCUCCGGGCGCUGCCGGCGCCGUUUGAGCCCAGCUCCUGUUCCCGGGGGAACCCUGGGAGCGAUCCCGGCUCAAUCCCGGCUCAGUCCUGGCUCAAUCCUGGCCCAGUCCCGGUUUGAUCCCAGCUCAAUUCUGGUUUGAUCCCAGCUCAAUCCUGGCUCGAUCCCAGCUCAAUUCUGGUUUGAUCCCGUCUCAAUACCAGUUUGAUUCUGGCUCAAUCCUGGUUUGAUCCCGCCUCGAUCCUGGUUUGAUCCCGGCUCAAUCCUGCCCCAGUCCCAGUUUGAUUCCGGCUCAAUCCUGGUUUGAUCCUGGGUUAAUCCCGACUCAAUCCCGAUUUGAUCCCAGUUUGUUCCUGGUUUGAUUCCAGCUCAAUCCCGACUCAAUCCCGGCUCAAUCCUGGUUUGAUUCCGGCUCAAUCCCGGUUUGAUCCCGGCUCAAUCCCGUCCUGAUCCCGGCUCAAUCCUGGUUUGAUCCCAGCUCAAUCCUGGUUUGAUCCCAGCUCGAUCCUGGCUCGGUCCCAGUUUGAUCCUGCCCCGAUCCCAGUUUGAUCCUGGCUCAAUCCAGUUUGAUUCCGGCUCAAUCCCGGUUUGAUCCCAGUUUGUUCCUGGUUUGAUCUCACCCCGAUCCUGGGUUGAUCCCGGCUCAAUCCGGGUUUGAUCCCAGCUUGAUCCCAGUUUGAUCGCGGCUCAAUCCUGGUCUGAUUCCGGCUCAAUCUCAGUUUGAUUCCGGCUCAAUCCCAUCCCAGUCCCAGUUUGAUCCCGGUUCAAUCCCGGUUUGAUCUCAGCUUAAUCGGGGCUCAGUCCUGAUUUGAUCCCAGCUCAAUCCCAGUUUGAUCCUGGCUCAAUCCCGAUUUGAUCCCGGUUUGUUCCUCAUUUGAUCCUGGCUCAAUCCCGGCUCAGUCCUGGUUUGAUUCCAGCUCAAUCCCAGUUUGAUCCCGUCUCGAUACCAGUUUGAUUCUGGCUCAAUCCUGGUUUGAUCCUGGCUCAAUCCUGGUCUGAUCCCGGCUCAAUCCUGGUUUGAUCCUUGGCUCAAUCCCGAUUUGAUCCUGGUUUGUUCAUGGUUUGAUUCCAGCUCAAUCCCGGCUCUAUCCCGGUUUGAUCCUGGCUCAAUCCUUGUUUGAUCCCGCCCCGGUCCCAGUUUGAUCCUGGCUCAAUCCUGGUUUGAUCCCAGUUUGUUCCUGGUUUGAUCCUGGCUCAAUCCCGGUUUGAUCCCAACUCAAUCCAGGUUCAAUCCCGGCUCAAUCCUGGUCUGAUUCCGGCUCAAUCCCAGUUUGAUCCUGGCUCAAUCCCGGCUCAAUCCCGAUUUGAUCCCGGUUUGAUCUCAGCUUAAUCCCGGCUCAAUCCUGGUUUGAUCCCGGCUCAAUCCCUCCCCAUCCCCUCAAUUCCCGCCGGGAUUUUGGGGAGCCCAACCCCCCUCGGUCCCCUCCCUGUCCCUCAUCC